CUCCCCUCGCCGGGGGCCGGUGGCGGUCCCCGGCUUCCGGCUGCGCGGCCCGCGGCCCGGCCCCCCUCCCCGCCCCGGGGCCCCUCCCCGCCUGGUUGUGUAACCGUCCCCAGCACCCCCCGGCUCCCCUCGGCCCCCCGCCCCGGGUUUGGGGUGAGGGUGGUGCCGGGGGGGUCGGCCUCCCGGCGCUCCCCGGGGAGGGCGGCGGCCCGGGCGGCCACGCGGCGCAGGCGAGCCCGGGGAUGCGCGGCCUGGUGCGGGCCGGGCCCGGGCGUGGGGGAGGCGGGCGGGCGGACCCAGAUCCGGGGUAAUUUGCAUCGCCCUCCCCCCAGCCCGGGUGGGGAUUGGCCGCCGGCGGCGGGGGGUGGCGCGGGGCCAGGCUCACUGCCGCCUCCCGGCCCCUCGGAGGGAGCCAGCCCAGCCGCAGCCGCCGCCACCGCCGCCGCCGGGGCCCCGGGCCCCCUCGCCGCUGCCCCGGGAAGGAGGUCUCGGCGCGGAAGAUGGCUGGCGGAGUGGACGGCCCCAUCGGGAUCCCGUUCCCUGACCACAGCAGUGACAUCCUGAGCGGGCUCAACGAGCAGCGGACGCAGGGCCUGCUGUGCGACGUGGUGAUCCUGGUGGAGGGCCGCGAGUUCCCCACGCACCGCUCGGUGCUGGCCGCCUGCAGCCAGUACUUCAAGAAGCUGUUCACCUCGGGCGCCGUGGUGGACCAGCAGAACGUCUACGAGAUCGACUUCGUCAGCGCCGAGGCCCUGACGGCACUCAUGGACUUCGCCUACACGGCCACGCUGACCGUCAGCACGGCCAACGUCAGUGACAUCCUCAGCGCCGCCCGCCUGCUGGAGAUCCCCGCCGUCAGCCACGUGUGUGCCGACCUGCUGGACCGCCAGAUCCUGGCAGCCGACGCCGGGGCCGAUGCCGGGCAGCUGGACCUCGUGGACCAGCUCGAUCGGCGCAACCUCCUGCGGGCCAAAGAGUACCUCGAGUUCUUCCAGAGCAACCCGAUCAACAGCCUGCCCCCCGCCGCCGCCGCCGCCUCCUUCCCGUGGUCUGCUUUUGGUGCCUCUGACGACGACCUGGACGCCACCAAGGAGGCCGUGGCUGCCGCUGUGGCUGCUGUGGCCGCCGGCGACUGCAACGGCCUGGACUUCUACGGGCCAGGCCCCCCGGGCGAGCGGCCGCCCACAGGCGACGGGGACGAGGGUGACAGCAACCCGGGGCUGUGGCCCGAGCGUGCCGAGGACUCCCAGGCUGGGGGCCUCUUCCCGCCGCCCACCGGGCCCCCGGCGCCGGCCGCCGCUGCCACGCAGAACGGCCACUACGGCCGGGCCGGGGCCGAGGAGGAGGCGUCCUCGCUGCCCGAGGCGGCCCCCGAGCCGGGCGACUCACCGGGCUUCCUGUCGGGGCCGGCAGAGGACGGGGACGGGGACGGGCCCGAGGUGGACGGGCUGGCGGCCAGCACGCUGCUGCAGCAGAUGAUGUCGUCGGUGGGCCGGGCGGGCGCGGCGGCGGGCGACAGCGACGAGGAGUCGCGGGCGGACGACAAGGGCGUCAUGGACUACUACCUGAAGUACUUCAGCGGCAGCCACGACGGCGAGGUCUACCCGGCCUGGUCGCAGAAGGUGGAGAAGAAGAUCCGGGCCAAGGCCUUCCAGAAGUGCCCCAUCUGCGAGAAGGUCAUCCAGGGCGCCGGCAAGCUGCCGCGGCACAUCCGCACGCACACGGGCGAGAAGCCCUACGAGUGCAACAUCUGCAAGGUCCGCUUCACCAGGCAGGACAAGCUGAAGGUGCACAUGCGGAAGCACACGGGCGAGAAGCCCUACCAGUGCCAGCAGUGCGGGGCGGCCUUCGCCCACAACUACGACCUGAAGAACCACAUGCGCGUGCACACGGGCCUGCGCCCCUACCAGUGCGACAGCUGCUGCAAGACUUUCGUGCGCUCCGACCACCUGCACAGGCACCUCAAGAAGGACGGCUGCAACGGCGUCCCCUCGCGCCGCGGCCGCAAGCCCCGCGUCCGGGGCGGGGGUCUCGGCGGGGGCGGCGGGCCCGAGCCCACCCCGGGGGCCCCCGCCGGCCCACCCGCCGGCGCCCCCGACGCCCCGCGCAACGGCCAGGAGAAGCACUUUAAGGACGAGGACGAGGACGAGGCCGAGGGCCGGGUGAAUGUAGCGGGCGGUGGCGAUGGUGGCAGCGGUGGCAGCGCCACAGACGGUAACUUCGCCCCCGGACUUGCCUAGAUACCAAAAAAAAAGAGCACCCCGAAACCCGAGAGCGGGAGCCAGCGAGCGAGAGAGAGAAAAUCACCCACCACCCCCCGAAAAAACACAAAAAAAGAAAAUCUAUCUAUAUACAGAUAUCUAUAUCUAUAUAUAUAUAUAUAUAUACAGAUAUAUAUAUAUGAAGCGUCUUAGAAUCUAGGGUAGCCGCUUUUCUUAGGUUUUUUUUUUUUCAUCCUUUUCGAUGUCUUCUCCCUCCGCAGGGCCCUGCACCCGCCCUGUCCCCCCUCCUGCCCCCUCCCCUCCUCGGCGCUGGGUUUCGGGGCUCCAUCUGGGGUCUGGAGGCAAGGAGACCCCCGGCUGAGGCGAGGGCGGACACGGGGGUUGCCGGGGCCGCGUGGGCUUUCGUUUUCCUCCUCUCGCUGGUUUCUACGAGUCUUUCAGACAAGACCCUAAAUGAUCUCUGUCCGCUGUGAGCGGACGUUAAAAAUGGUCCUGGGCCCCUCCCCCACCCUCCUUCCUCAGGGCACUUAUAAGGGGGGUCCCCCCACCCCAGUUUCCCGGAGGGCCUCCCCACCUCCCAGUCCUGCCUGUGGCGUCCCUUCCUGAGACACAAAUCUAUUUAUUUCCAGGCUGGGAGAGAGGGGAGAAGACUGGGGUGCUGGGGGUAGGGGAGCAGUGGGGGGCGGGGGGCACGCGGGGCUGCCUCCCAGGGGCCCCCACCGCCUUCGUUCAUGGCACUUACACCCUCGGGCGGGCCCCUCUCCCCCACCUGCGUCCCUGACCCAGGCCGCCUGGGGAUCCCCACAAGACCCCCACAAUCUGGAGAUAGAAAACUUUUCUUUUCACCCUCUCCCCAUUUUUAAAAGCACUUUUUAGAUUUUUUCCCCCCUCUUUUCCUCCUGAAAAACAAAAUUUAUAUAUAGAUAUAUAUAGAUAUAUAUAUAUAAAAAUAUGCUUUUCCUCAGAGGAGCAGGUAGCAGUGUGGGGGGGCUGCAGCCGAGAGCAGAGGGACCCCAGGGCGUUUCAGCCACGCACACAGGGAAGGACCAGGGGCCACAGGGAAGAUGGGGAGAGAGAGGGUCCAAAGUUCCAAUAUCACAAAAGCAAUAAAAAACCAGAUUUUACAAAACGAAAGAAAAACAACAACAACAACAACAAAAGAUCACCAACCAUAUUUGAUGUCUUGGCACUUUGUAGGAGAACGGGUACUACACUUUAUCUUUAAUUCUUAAUUUAAAAACAUGUUUACAAGUCGCAACCAACUUCUAUGAAAAGUUGAAAAGACAAAAAAAAAAAAAAUAGAGCGAGAGAGAGAGCGAGCGAGAGAGAGAGCAAAAGAAAUUCCUAAAAGCCGAUUUAUUUUUGUACAAAAUAAUAAAAAAAAACAACCCACCACAAACGUAGAAUCCACUUCUGUUCCCCGAGGUGGGGGGUAGCCCAGGCCAGGUAGGCUUCCGGAAGGGCCCGGAAAGUUGGCCGGAGUAUCUGUACUUGACCCUCGAAGGCAGGGCUGUGGGGUUUUUUUUGUUUUUUUUUUCCCCUGUGAUUGUACCGUGCCCCCCCCCCUUCUGUCCUUUUCUUGUUUUUUGGCUUCCCCCAUUGGAACGGUGUCCCGCGGCCUGCUAGCCAUCGAGGGGCUGUCUCUCUAUCUGGGGGCACCUUCCUUAACUUACCCCCCAGCUGAGGGAUGGGCCUGAGCCGGAGCCGUCCCGUCCACUCCCCCCCAGCCCCCCCCCCACCUUUGCCCACUUCCGGGCCUCCCCCCUCAGGACCUGUCCCCCAACAUGUGUGGCCACCGAGCGGCCGCCAUCUUGGACGCCCCCAUCCAUGGAGCCCCACUUCCAGGGCCUUACAACCAACAACCCCCCCCCGGCCCAGGCGCCCCUCUUUUUACUCAAAGGCACUGACUGUAACCCAGGGGCUGGUACCUGCUUCCCCCAACCUCUGGCUCCCCAAAGGCCCGGCGUUGACCGGGCCUCAGGCCACGGACUGGGACCAGGGUUGGGGGGCCCCCACCCCGACUCCCUCCUGCAUAUGCAAAGCUUGGGGUGGGGUGUGUGUGUGGGGGUGUGAUCUCUGCUCGCCGCACUCCCACCCCAGCCGUUGGCCGGUCUCCCCGGUGCCCUCUGUGACCCACGCGUCUUUUUUUUUCCUUGUUUUUUUUUAAAGGGAAGCUUUUUAAGAAGGCAGUUGCCACCAUCUUUCCCGUAGGGUAGAUUUCUUUUCCUCUCCCCAGCCUGUCAGCUGUCAAUCCCCCCCCCCCCGCAGAUGUCUCAGGAUCCACUUGGGGGACCGGGGCAGUGAACUGGCAGCCUCCGCGCACCUGCUCCUUGCGGCGCGAGGUGAUUUCGGGAGCACAUGGCGGGGUCCUGCCCGGGCCCCGGACCCCCCGUCCCCAAGGUCCCCUCGCAAUAAAACCAAUUGAAAAACAAAAAUCACAGAUGUCGUCCUAGCCAGCGGGGCCGGGGGGGCAGCGGCCGGACUUUCUGGGGUUCUGAAACCGACCGGGCAACGCUCUUUUUUAACACCCACCUCCUCCUCGGGAAUUGCACUAAACCCCCGGCCCCCUAGCUCCUGAGCUCAGCUUCAGCUAGUCGCGCCCCCCUGCCCCCCCAUUUUGCCUUAACCUCCCUCCUGCCGCUCGCGUGCGUCCGCAUGGGCCCAGAGCCGGGCCUGCCCCCCGCCCCGCCGCCGCUCCCCCCCACGCCAUCACAUACUGUAUAUAGACGUGGAUCAAUUUUAUUUUUAUUCUUUAAAUUAAGGUCGUGAUGAAGUGUUGCCAAAGAUACUGCUGAAUUCUCGCUUUUCAGGAAAACAAACAAACAAACAAAAAUGAUUCGAGGAGGGUCGUGCCGACUCGUCAGAAAGGACAGAGCUAAAGCUUUUUUUGUUUGGUUGUUUGGGGUUUUUUUUGUGUUUUUUUUUGGGGGGGGUGUUUUUUUUUUUUAACUGCCUGGUACAAAAAAAUAGAAAAAAAAAAAAAGACAAAGCGAAAUUGUUAUUUGCAUCAGUGUGAAGUUGUGUGGCCGGGUGUGUGUGUGUGAGAGAGGGUGAGUGACGCCCGGGCCCGGCCCAGGCUUCAGGUGGGGCUCCGGGUGUCGGGGGGUGUCUCGGCCCAGAGAAGCCCCAGGGAGCCCCCAUCUGUGGCCGUCACCAGCCUGGGGGCCCAGGAGCAAGGGAGCGUGACACCUUAGCUACAGAGAGCUGCUGCUUGUCCUUGCCGAGCCACCCCCACCCCGCCGCCUUUUUUGAGAUUUGGGGGUUUGGUGGGGGGGAGGCAAAAAAAAAUUUUUUUAAUUAAAAAAAAAGCAAACCAGUGAAUGUAAACCCACGGGGCUCCAGCAGGUGAAACCAAAGCCUGCUCCCCGCGUGGCUUCUGCCGGGGGACCCCGCAAGGCCACUAGUCUCGUAACCCUGUUUGUAGUAUCUGUUCCUCUGCUUUGUUUCGGGGGCCCAGCGGGGCUCCCGGCUUCGUUCAGGGCCUUCCCCGGAGGAGGGUGGGGUGUGGGGGUUCUUUGCACUCUAAAGUUCCGUCCCCCCCACCCCGCCAGGGGCCCCCCAAGACCGAGCUAGUUCAGGCAGCUGGGACUGUGGGAGACCAAGCCUCCUCCACGGCUGAAAGGAAAAAAAAAUUAAAAAGGAGAAAAACGAGAAAAAAAAAAACAAAAAAAACCAAUAACAAAAAAAAGAGAAGCAAAAAGUCCUAUUUUUUGAGAAAGAAAGAUAUUUAUA